CUGUACUUACCACCAUACCAUACCUCAUGCAAAAUAUCUGACCGACGACCCAACCACCAAAACCUUCAACCAACCUCCUCCUCCACCUCCUCCACCUCCUCCUCCUCCCCAAAAAACCAUCACCGCCGACCACCGCCAGCGACACACCGGAAACUUCACCUCCACCUCCACCUCGUCUUCCACCUCGUCCUCCACCUCGUCCUCACCCCUCCACGUCCUUUUCCCUUCCCCCCUCUUCCCCCCUCUUCCCCCAGCGAUAAUCUUCUUGCCUGCUCUGCUUGCUCUCUCUUUCGUUAAACUGCUUCUUCACGACCUAAUCCUCUCGUUACCUUGCUACUUUCUUCCUUGUCCAUAUUACAAGUCUUCCUGCAUCCGACCAAUCUCUUUCCUUCCAUCUCCCUCCGAAAAGGCAACAACACAGACUCCCCUGCCACCUAUUCGGACUGUCGCUACACACGAUUCUCUCGACCUUCUACACAAUCAUUCCCGAACUUUAUACGCAUCUCAGCGUCUAGCAGUCGUUUCUAGCGAGCCCUGAUAUCCAUCCUAUACGACCUUCACGCUUCCGAUCUCCUCGAGUCUAGGUUUUGGAUAUACUGCGCUGCACACAAGCACAGCACAGCACAGCACAGCACCAUCAAAGAACCGUCGUACAAAACACAACAUCUCCGCCGUCCCGAUCUACUGCGAUACUCAAAUCUACAUAUAGCCUCACUACACUGCAUACCCAGCACAUAAACAUACACACAUAUCCCGUACAGCCAGCCUCGCUUCAUGCCCAGCGCAGCUUAGCCGCUCUUCCCACCGCGACUACCCACCACCCCCAUGCCGAAGCUCCCCAAGGCCUUCGCACGGCGCAAGUCGGCCGCCAAUGUCCUCGAUGAGCCUCUCGCCGACGUCCCGCCGAACCAGCAGACAUUCAGGGUCUUCGACCGCGCCAACACUACCAACCUCGAUGGCGGCAAGCCGAGGCUAAACGAUGGCAGCGGCAACAUCAUCAGUGGCAGGCCCAGCACCGAUCCAGAGAGGGAUGAUAAUAUAUUCUCAGGGUUCAGCAACCGCGGCAGCGGGACCUCUAAUUCAAACACCGUUUCAACGGCUGACAAUUCCUCGAGGCGUAGUGCUGUCUCAUCCGCGUCUUCCGACCCGAAAGACACCACCGCCGCCAACGGGAAGAACAACAGCGCGCCCCUCCCCGCCACGCUCAAGGGCACAUCGAAGUUCUCCCUGAUAUCAACGGGCAAGGCCUUCUCCUUCGGACGGAAGCACUCCCCGGGCUCGACGCCGCCAAACACGACCCAAGAGGACCUCUCGAAACCGCUCACGCCGGCAAAGGAUGACGCAACCCGCUCAAGCACUCUGACCGACAGCACGAGGAGUGAUUACUCGAGCACGAACGCUUCACUGAAGCUGGAUAGCAGGCUUAGUCUCGGUGGUGACUUCGCAGCCAUGUUUAUGGGAACUGGGGACCGCAAGAGCGCGGUGUUGGAUGCUGAGAAUAGGCGGACUCAGUCGGUGAGCCCGGCGGAGGGAUCUACAUCGACCGCGAGGCAGUCCGGCGUUUCAAGGAAACCGCUCGGGAAUGUCAGCAACGAGCGGUCCCUAACAGGGGAUACAUCGUCAUAUCCAUGGGGGGCACAAAAGUCGGCAGAGAAGCAGCGGCUCAUGUUUAGCACGAGCCCUGGGCCCUCACCGUCAGCGACGCCGCCGCCUGUACCGGAGCAUGACACGAAUGGCAGUAACAACACAAACAGUUCGGGUGUAGGAUUAAGGAGGAGCAGUGCUGUGAGGAAGCAGUCGCUGAUGGCCAUUGGAGAUGGAGAGGAUGAGGACGCAAAGCUGAUGAGGGAGUCUAUUAAUGCGAUGAGGCAGCUUAAUGUGGAUGAGACACCCAGGGCGAGGGAUAGCUGGAUCAACCCAUCCGCAGUAGAUGCGUAUAACGUUGCCAACACCCCAAAGCCCACAGCACCGAGCUCCAACAACACCACUCCCCGUGCUCGCUACCCCGCCACCGAGCCCCAAGAAGAUGGCCUCUUCGACCAACAGACCGCCGCCUCCGCGAACCUCGCCCUUCAAUGGGGCGAGAAGCCGAUCACACCCCAGUCCUCCGCACCAAAGAACAAAGUCAUGACAACUGCACAGUUUGAGCGCUACCGCCAAGAGCAGGAGCGACAGAAGCGACACAGUCAGGGCAAGUUCCCCGACGCCAAAGCCGACGAUGACGACGACGCCGCAGACGACACCUACGAAGACGAAGAUGACGACGAAGAGGAGCGCCGCAAGGAACAGGCCAAGCAGCGCCGCAAGCAAGAGGCACACAUGACCGUCUACCGCCAACAGAUGAUGAAAAUCACCGGCGAGACAGCCAACCCCGGCGCGCGCCUCUCCGCCGUCACCUCCCAAAGCACACCCAACCUCCAACUCUACGCCGACAGCCCCGGUGCCGACGAGGAAGAAGACGAAGAUAUCCCCCUUGCCAUCCUCGUCGCCCACGGCUUCCCUAACCGCGGCCGUGCCCCCGGCCAACUCGGCGGUAUGGCCUCAAACCCUAACCUCCGCGCCGCCAGCCAGAUGAGCGGCGCGUACCCCCCACCUCCCCGCUCCGUCACCGGCGGCGCUGGUGAGCGCGCCAGCGCCCUCCCUGCGUUUGCUCGUCGCCUCCCGCAGGAUCCGUACUUCGGCGCUGGCCUCGUUAACUCUUCCAACCGCGAGUCGCUCGCUCUAGGUAGCGGCUCGCAGUACGGCGGUACUGGCGGCGGCCCGCGCGCGCAGCCAGGCGGACUAGUAGGCGUCAUCGCAUCGGAAGAACGUUCGCGCGCCAUGAGACGCGGAAGCACCAACCCCGCCGGCGAAUACCCAGCCAUGCCAGCUGGUAUGGGCCUAGGCUACUCGGGCGGUGCCCGCACCCCAGGUGCAAUGCCCCAGGACCCCGUGGUAAUGCAGGCCCAGAUCGCGGCGAUGCAAGCUCAACUGCAGCAGAGCAUGGAGAUGCAAUUCCAGUUCUUCCAGAUGAUGGCUGGGGCCGCCCCACCAAUGCAAGCGCCUCCGGGAGUGCAGAUGGUGCCCGGCAUGAUGCCGCAGGGUAUGAUUCCCCCACAGGGCAUGCCGGCGCAAGGUGCGCCGCAGCUAGGGGGUAUGGGUAUGGGCCGCACGAGUAUCAUAGGGAGCAGUCUUGGUUUCGGCGGUGCGUUCCCAGCCGGACCGCGCAGUGUCGCCGGUAUGCAACGCCCAAUAUCCAUGUUGGAUCCGAGGGGUGCUCCGUAUGCGGCUUCGAUUGCCCCGAGCGAGAGGAGUAAUGUCGGGAUGCCGGGCCGUUACAGACCCGUCAGCCACAUGCCUGCGGAGAACGCGAACGGCGUCGCGGCACCGCGAAUGAGUGUCCUUGCUGUUGGCGGCAGGGGGCCGACUGUCACGGUGAGGCCGGUGGAGGGGGGAGAGGAGGACGAGGAUGAUGCGUGGGAGGAGAUGAAGAGGCAGAAGGAGAAGAAGAAGAGUAUUUGGAGGAUGAAGAGGGAGAAGAAGGGGGUGCUUGUUGAGGAGGUGGGGGAGAUGGCUAUGUUUACUAGUUAGGUUUGAGGGGGGUUGAAGUAUGCGGAGAGAAUGGUAGGGGAGCAUUGCGUGGGCGUUCUUGUUUUAUACUUUGGGUGGUGUGGUGGGAAGUGCGCCGGAAACUAUGAUCUCUUUGAGGGGAUUUUUGUUUGUUUUUAUAGGGGUAGAGAGGUGGCCCCUCCAGUGAAAUGGGCACAUGUUGCGGCUUGGGAUGACAUACAGAUGGAUAAGCUGAUGGAAGGCCGGAGGGUAGAUUACCUUAUAGUACCUUAAUAAUGGAUGCCGAUGUACUUUUAUAAAAUGAGCUGUUUGGUGCGAGGUGUGAUGAUGUGAGGUCCCGCCAAAUCCUUGGAAUAUAUAAAUAUAAUAGGAUAUAUGGUUGUUCUGGGCACCCGUACCCACCACGUGCCUUCAGAAAGCAGGAACUUUCUACUGUUCUACUAUUACG